CUGAGGAAAGUCCAAUUAUAUCAGAGGUCGCCUGGGGACAGACGAGAUUCGGCCAAGUUUAUUUUGGAGACCAUCACAAGUGGGGGUGUUUGUGUAUUUGGACAGCAGCCUAGAAACAGACACAAUGUUUUAAAGCGUCACUGGAGAUUCAUCGAAAAAAUAGAAAUUUUAAUAAUUUUGACUUUCUGGUCGCGUUUGGUGUUUUGAACGUGAUUUGUGCAGACCAUAUUGUGGACAGUUUCGUACACGAGAGAGGCAGAUACCGCGGAGGCGCAAAACAGGCAUACACAUAUCGACCAAAAGCAACCCGUCGUUUUAAAGGAUUUGGUGGUGAAGGCCUCGAGUUCAAGUCCCAGACCGGUUUCACAUCUGGUCGGCGUGCCUCUGACGAUAGCGUUUGACGUAAUUGUGACGUCACCAGGAUCGGAGGCCGAGGAGUACCAUGGGUUUGGAUUACGUCAUUCGCCUGCUGGCCCAGUGUCACGUGGUGUUGGUGCUGAUGACGCGAUUGGCUGGGGCUCAGGAGCGACCUAUAAUUGAGACAGACAAGGGGACGGUGCAAGGCGUGACUGUGUUCGCUGACGGCAAGAAAGUGGACGCCUUCUACGGUAUACCAUUCGCUAAACCCCCGCUCGGAGAUCUCAGGUUCAAACCUCCAGCCCAGCUAGACAGCUGGGAAGGGGUACUGGACGCUAGCCGCCUGCCCAACUCGUGCAUGCAGGGAUUUGACAGAACCUUCGGGAACUUCACGGGCUCCAACAUGUGGAAUCCAAAUACGCCAGUGAGCGAGGACUGUCUUUAUCUGAACGUGUGGGUCCCGCGCACUAACCCACCUUACAAGGACAAGUCAGUGAUCGUGUGGGUGUACGGUGGAGGCUUCUACAGCGGCUCUUCUACGUUAGAUAUCUAUGAUGCACGCUAUCUGGCGGCGGAGAAUGACGUAGUCGUGGUGUCCAUGCAGUACCGCGUGGGGGCGCUGGGUUUCCUCACUCUCAACACACCGGAAGCCCCAGGUAACGCCGGACUUUGGGAUCAGCGUAUGGCCUUAGAGUGGGUCAACAGGAACAUCCACAAGUUCAGCGGGAACACUCGUGACGUCACGCUUAUGGGGGAGAGCGCUGGUGCAUGCUCAGUGGGGCUGUUCCUCAUCUGUGAUCUGUGUCGCGGAUACUUCCAUAAGGCCAUCCUUCAGAGCGGAAGUCCGGCUGCUGACUGGACAGCUCUGCCUAAAGAGGAGAUGUGGCGGCGAUCUGAGUCACUGGCUAGUCACUACAACUGUAACAAACCCGGUGACCCCGACUACGUGAUUCGAUGUCUCCGACAGGUCAACGCUACAGAGUUCCCGAUCCGUGAACCUUACAUGACUCACGGGAUCAUGCAGUUCGCCUUCGUCCCCGUCAUCGACGGAAUCUUCAUACGCCAAGACCCGCAAGAGAUGCUGAGACUCGGGAGAUUCAAAAAGGUUCCUCUUCUUCUGGGCAGUGUGGAAAACGAGUCUACGUUCUUUAUCAUCUACAUCAACUCAGAAAUAUUCCGGCUCGACACUGACAGCCCACUCACCGCACAAGACUACCGAAACUUGAUGACGCAACAAGCCUUCAAGUUCUACCCAUACUACCCUCACAAACUCAACGACUUCGGGAUAGAGGCCGUCAUGUUUCACUAUCGGAACUGGAUCAACCCUGACGACGGGAUAGAGAACAGGAAAAGUUUUGACCGCGCUGUCAGCGACAACUACUUCGUGUGUAGCGUCAACCGUUUGGCCCGAGCCUACGCCCGCGAGGGGGCGCCAGUCUACUACUACUGGUUCAACCAGCGCUGGUCAGCCAACCCGUGGCCGGAGUGGAUGGGGACGCUGCACGCAGACGAGAUUUGGUUCACGUUCGGACAUCCACUCAACCGAACACAUUCCUUCACCGAGGCCGAGCGAGAACUCAGCAAGAAAAUAAUGAAAUACUUUACAAACUUUGCCAAAACUGGAGACCCCAACAAGGCACCAGGAGAGGUUUCUAGCAUGGAGUGGCCACUGUUUCAGGAGAACGAACAGUUGUAUCUGAACCUGAGCACCGACUCGCUGGUCAACGGGCCCAUCUGGGGCGCCGGUCCCAGAGCCCAGGACUGCGCCUUUUGGGAUAUGUACAUGCCCAAACUGGUCGCUGAAACUUCUGACAUCUCGGAGGCGGAGCGUGAGUGGAAGGCAGAGUUCCAUACCUGGAAGACGAGGUACAUCGUCGAUUGGAAAACACAGUUCGAUCACUUUCUGCACAACUACCAACGUCGGAUGGGAACUUGUGGGGACAGGCCUUAAUGAGGGCACCCUAUUCUAUUGGGCCUUAGAGCGGCCUUAAUUAUGACCCCUAUUUUAUGUUGCCUUAAUGGUGCCUUAAUGGGCCUUAAUGGGCCUUAAUGGGGCCUUAAUGGGGGCCUAAUCCUGGCCUUAAUGAGGCCUCAAUGGGAGGGGAUGAGUGGAAAUAAUAAAUUAAUGUUAAAAU